CGAUAUCCUUGCUGGAACUCAGUUUUUAUUCGCUUUAAAGCUUAAUUGCUGCACAUGCAGUACGCACAUGAUCGUUUUCAUCAAUCACCCUACUCGGGACCACAAGGUCUCUUCGCUAAAAACCUCUAGCGAAAUCUGAUACUAGAUGUGGGAAUAUGUCUCGUUGUAAUGCCAGUCGAUUUAAUCUGAGUUCUCUCACCUGCGCCGAAUCUUCACCACCAUGGCGUGUUGGCUAGUGCUGCUCUCUGCGCUUUUUUUGCUAGCUGGUUCAAGUGCCCAUCCACCCAUGCGAUUGGCUACCCAUUCGCGUCCGAAAUUAACUGUUCGCUCCCAGACAGACACAGCGACAACUUUGCCAGGAAACACAACUAUCACAGACUUGGACUCUGCAAGCUACGUCAAUGUUUUCAUUGGCACAACCAAUGGAGGACAUGUCUUCCCCGGUGCCACUCUUCCGCAUGGAAUGGUGAAAGUUGGACUCGACACUGAUUCUCCAGGAAAUCAAGCGGGUUACGAUGCCAAUGUAAAUUUCAAUGUUACCGGCUUUUCGCAGCUGCACGAUUCAGGGACUGGUGGUGGCACGUCGCUAUCCAACUUUAAGCUCUGGCCUCUGCCUGAAUGCGGGUCAUUCUCAUCCUGCAACACGUCCAUGUUUGUCAGAAAGACGUUACGGAAAGUCCUCCCUGAUGGUUCUCCCGACGAUGCUGGUUCACCUGGUUACUUCGCAACGAAUCUUUCUACUGGAGUGCAGGUGGAGUUGACUGCUUCACGUCGUACUGCACUUCACCGUUAUACAUUUCCGCCUUCGUCACGUGAACCCCGUAUUGUUGUGGACAUCACCAAUGACGGCCUGAUCAGCAACACAGAACCCGUUGUUAACGUUAACACUACUACUGGGCGCGUCACAGGAGGAGCUAGGUUUGCUUCAUCGUUCGGUCCUAAAAGAUACAGUGUCUACACUUGUGUAGAUUUCAAAGGCGACGGGUAUGACUUUGAGGCUCCCACUGAAUACGGGGUUUGGAUGGAUAAUGCCCCUGAGCAGAAUAGCACACAGCUCAUCCAAUUGUACUCUGGCUUCGUGUCCGAAAUGGGUGCUCUGCUGACUUUUCCGCCCUCUUCGAAUUCGAUUCAUACGACCAUCCUCGCACGUGUCGGUGUUUCAUUCAUUUCCUCCGACCAGGCCUGCGCCAAUGCCGAGUCAGAGAUCCCGGACUUCGACUUCGAUGAAACCGUCGCAACAGCUCGAGGAACGUGGAACGAACUCCUAUCCCGAAUCCAAGUCGAUACUCAAGGCGUGGACAACGAAAUUACUGAACUAUUCUACUCAUCACUUUACAGGACGCACAUUUCUCCCGCUGAUUACACUGGCGAAAACCCCAACUGGAGUUCCACCGAGCCUUAUUAUGAUUCCUUUUACUGCAAUUGGGAUACUUACCGUACCCUGUAUCCUCUAAUGUCGCUUCAUGACCCGGAGGUGUUCGCCCGCAUCGUUCGCGGAAUGAUCAACAUUCAACAGCAUGAAGGUUGGUUGCCUGAGUGCCGCGGCGCUACUGUUCAGCAAUUCAUCCAAGGUGGAAGCAACGGCGACCCUAUUCUCGGAGAGUUCUUUGUCAAAUUUUAUGAACAUGCUAGCGCUCUGAAUGUCUCAGCUGAUGAUCUGUACACUGCCCUUCUUGCUGAUGCGGAAGAACAAUCACCCAACUGGAAUCUCCAAGGAAGACAGACAACUGUCUGGAAACAAUACAACUUCAUCCCUUCCGACAUUUAUGGCUCGGGAGGUACCGCCACCAAGCAAGUCUCACGUACACUAGAGUAUUCAUUCGGUGACUUUUCCAUCUCGCAAGUUGCAAGAAUUCUCAACAAAACGGAUGAUGUAGCCAAGUACCAAGCCCGAGCUGGAAACUUCUUCAAUGUCUGGAAUGAAAUGGUUACACUUCCCGGGAAUUCCUCAAUCAAGGGUAUGAUGCAGCCUCGCUUCGCAGAUGGGCAGUGGAAUUACACAGACCCUCGUCAUUGCAGUGUAAAUGAUCCUCUCCAAUCAACCUGUUACCUUGAUGCUACAAACCGCGAUGGUUUCUAUGAGUCAUCCCCCAUGGUGUAUUCUCAAUACGUUCCUCAAGACACAGCCAAGUUGAUCUUGUUGCAGGGAGGCAACGAGUCAUUCAUAAAUCGACUUAACUUGAUCAUCGACCAGAACUACUUUGACGUUACAGAUGAGCCAUCUCAGCAAAUUCCUUUCAUGUACCACUACGCCAAUCGGCCAGGCCUCAGUACCCAACGUUCCCGGAUGAUAAUUUCCGAGUCUUACAACACCACGGUCAGCGGUCUUCCGGGUAAUGAUGAUUCCGGUGCCAUGGCCAGUUACGCCGUUUUCUACCUCGCGGGCAUGUACCCGCUUCCCGCAACACGCCAAUUUCUUCUCGCUUCACCCUACUUCCCGAAAAUCACAUUCUAUAACCCGCUUUUCAAUACCACGACGACGAUCAUUGCCCAUAAUUUCAGGGGCAACCCUCAGAGUGGCAUUGGUGGAACUGUCUUCGUCAAGAGCGUGACUAUUGAUGGCCAGCCAUGGCAUUCAAAUUGUUACCUAGACUGGGAUGUCUUCGUCAAUGGUUCCACCAUCGAACUUGAGCUCACAAGCGAUAUCAAUAUUACUUGCGGAGAGGGAUCUGACGCUUUGCCUCCAUCCCUUUCGACUGGUGGAUACAGUGGAUCAAUGUAAAAAGAAAAUUGAGACCAAUUAGAUAGACCACGUUCAUAUCUCGGUCUGCCUUGUGGAAAUGAAUUUACUUUCAACUC